AUAGUGAUCGACUACCUCAUUGUUUAUGUAGAGCUCGUGGAAGAUUGUAGUGUUUUGGUUGUUCAGUGUUCAGUGCUGGAACUAUGGAUCCCUCGGGGCGAUUUGUGUUAUUGGCAAUUUCUGCUAUUCUUCUGCUGACAACAUGCUUCACAUCCGGUUCGGAUAUUUUCGCUUACAAGGAGGAUGUAGAGGAUAACCCCGAUCGACAUAAUGCCAAUAACCGAACCCCGAUAUACAUCCCAGGUCGUUGUGGCAACAACGAAAUCCUAUACCCUGGCGAUCAAUCGAGUGAUUGGGUGUGCGAUUGCCGACCAGGCCACGUUUAUCAUCCGACAUCUCUCGGCUGCCAUCCGCUGUAUACCCAAGGAUACUGUCCUAUGGGAGAGUAUGUGGAAAUACUACCCGGUGCCUUGAUACCUCGCUGCACGAAAAACAUCUGCACGGAGAAAGAAGUACCCUUCAAGGGUAAAUGCGUCAUUCUGAAUCGUAACAACGAGGGUAUAUGUCCGACUAUUCUUCGCAUCCGUCAUGUCGUUGGUGUCAACGAAAUGUCCAUGCAACUGGAUUGUAUCGCCAGUGCUCCGAUAGAUUUAACGCGGAUAACAACCAAACGGGGAGACCAUCCAACAGCUUCUGAACAGAUAGUGAUUACCAAGGAUGGUAACGUGUUGUUCCUAACUGCAAGCAAAUGUGCUCCAGGAUCAGCAGCGCAAGUCAAUGGGACCUGCCCAACGUGAACGCGCGUGCUGUUACGGUUCUAAUGAAUAUACACGCCCUUUAUUUCCCCGAUUUGAUGCCCGAGUCGAUAUCAGUUGACUCGAUAUCGACUUCAAAUCUCACUCAAGUGAAAAACUAUAAUCGUGCCGUUCGUCUGUGGAAACAUCUAACGUAAUUCGCCGCGCGAAAUAAAGGAGAGGGAAUAAUCAUCUUAAGUAUAUUUUUACUUUUAAGAACAAUACUAGAAAAUACAAUCUUUUCAUUUAUUUUUGUAGUUCUAACAGGA